AUAAAAGAGGCCGUGUUUGGCCGUAACGCGCAUUAACCGUUGCGUCGAUGUGGUGAGCGAACGACAUUACGUUUUUUUAAUUCGUGCUGAUAAGGGAACGUAAGAAAACAAAAUAAGAACAAUAGCAACAGUGCGAGGCUAACCGUCGAGAAGAGUGGUACAGCUGUCCACGUGAACGAGUAGCGAGCGCAAGGUGUAACAUAACCAAAAAAUACCUCCCACGAGAGGAAGAGGCCAGUCGCAGAGACUCCAAAGUGCGUCGUACGCCGUGCGACAUUGUGUAACCGUGUUUAUCGUUUCUGACGGUAAAGAGUGGCUGCUUGGAAUUUUUCAGUGUCACCCUGCACGUCGAAUCAUAAUCAACAACGAAAAGACGAGGAGGUAAAGGAUUCGAAGUAUCACGGUUGACAGUCGUCACCUUUAGCCGGUCGUUAUUUUCGAUGGUAUGAGACACCGUCGUGUCAAGAGCGAAUCGAAUAAACGUGCGAAGAGUCCACGCGACGAAGAGACAGAGAAAUAAUCGAAGAAGAAAGCGCGGGAGCGCUGACGGCCAAGAUCCCUCUAGAUCGGAACGCGUGUCCUGAGGAUCGUUGUCCGCUUAUUUACUGUCAUAGGUACGAUCACGGUGCCAUUGUCCCUGCAUUGCGGCGCUAUGAAAUAACAAGAGGGUUUAUUUGAUCGACAAAACCGGCGAGAGUAGAGGCGACGACCGCCUGAUUCGUAGCGUCCGUGCUCAGUCCUCAGUGUAGGCUAGUCGGGCGUACGGUAGUCGUUGUCUCGACGAUCUUACACGACGCUCAUUUCCUGUCUGUCGAUCUUCUUCACUGAAACGACAUUCUUGCCUGAGAGAUACUCGACGCCCGAACAACUCGGCUUCGAACCCCGUGAAUACGACACGUACGGUUCACGUUCCGAAGGGUGCUGUAAGAAAGAGGUUAUCUUCGUAUAAACAGACUCACGAGGAGUCGAUAAAUACGUGGUUUCAUUGUAUAUAAUACAUUGUGGUUGUUGUCCGUUGGAUUUCGAUUGAUUCUGACAACGCCGAUCGGAGAGGCAUUAAUUUCAUCGAAGAAGAGGAAAAAAGGGAAAAGGAAAAGGGAUUUUGACGAGCGGAGUAUUCGAUACAGGACGCGCAAACAUGGCGGCAAAUAUGAGCACAGAAUCCCCCGGAUUCCUUUAUGAAAUGGUCACGGAAGAUUUAUGGAUGCCCUGGGAAUCCACGGUGGAUUCUUUCGAGUACACUCCAUGGCUGUUCUCCUUGCUAGGCAGCACUAUGAUCGGGCUGACCGGUAUCUUCCCUCUGUUGGUCAUUCCCAUCGAUGAAGGUGCCGAUUUGAAAACUGGAGAUAACGCCGGCACGCUGAAAAUACUGCUGAGCUUCGCAGUCGGCGGCCUUCUGGGCGACGUUUUCCUGCAUCUUCUACCGGAAGCAUGGGCGAACAGCUCGUUCAAAACAGGUACGGAUUCCGGUCAUCCGUCGAUGGGCUGCGGCCUCUGGGUGCUCAGUGGUUUUCUAGUAUUUGUCAUUGUGGAGAAGCUGUUCAGCUUCGAGCAAGAUCCCGAGGCUGAAGAGGAACCCGAAUCGUCGAAGGAGGAUGAACUGAGUGACGAGGCCACUAUCGAAGCGGAGAAAGAAAUGGAGAACAAUAAUUGCAUUAUGAUGGUGAACGGCAACCCGAAGAAUGGGAUUUCGAAGCGAUACUCUAACACGGACAUCCAGAAAGCUAUCGACGAGUUUCAGCCAUUCUUGGAGAAGAAGAACGGGUACUCUCAUCUAUCCGACGAAUACAAGAAUUCCCAUAACAAGAACGGUUUUGUCAUUAACGGCGUUAAGCCGGUGCUGAUGUGCAAUGAAUUUUCCAAUACUCAAACGCUGACCAAGAUCAAUAGCUUCUCUGCUGAAGUCUCGGACACCUGCUCAGAUAAACAGAAAUUGGUCACAGCUAAUGCGCCCACCGUUAAAAAGACUGUUAAGAAGGAGAAAGCGAAGCAUAUAACUGGAUACUUGAACCUGAUGGCUAACGUGAUUGACAACUUCACUCAUGGUCUCGCGAUCGGUGGUUCCUUCCUUGUGUCCCUCCGUUUGGGGGUGCUUACCACCUUCGCCAUACUCAUCCAUGAGAUACCCCACGAAGUCGGUGAUUUCGCUAUUCUGCUACGUAGCGGAUUCAACCGGUGGGAUGCUGCGCGGGCGCAGCUCGUUACUGCUUCCGGUGGCAUUUUCGGUGCCAUGUCUGCGGUGAUCUUUUCUGGUGGUGAAGUAGGAGCGAAGACGAGUUGGAUAUUACCCUUCACGGCCGGUGGUUUUCUUCAUAUUGGCAUGGUAACCAUCCUCCCAGAGCUCCUUAAAGAAUCUAGUCCUAAAGAAUCAUUGAAGCAACUCACCGCGUUACUCUUAGGUGUACUCGUGAUGGCGAUUUUAACGAUUCUUUGCGACUAGGGUGAUGUCAUGUCUUUUUAUUUUUAUUUUAAGCACCGUUAAGUUUAGUCUACCUUGUUUUGCGCGUACCGAGAGCAGUUUUCUUCGUGUUAAUGCUCGGUACGCGUCAAAACGGUAAUUCAAGUUGCCAUAUGAAAGAACCGUUAUUCUUUGUAAUACUUGUUGCUCAAUAGAAAUGAGUCUACAUCUGGAGACA